AUGACCGAGCCGCAGCUCCAGCGAGCCUUUGUGGUGCUCUCGUUUCUCGUCCAUUGCUACGUCUGGUGCGAAGACGGCGCGGCAGAGCAGGUGCUGCCGCGCACGAUCGCCGCGCCGUACUGGCACGUCGCCAAGGCGCUUGGCUGCGAGCCAGUCUACACUGACGCAGUCAUCAUGUGGAAUAUGGUUGGAGCUGGCGGCGACAGCACGGCCGACCCAGACCUCGAGGAGCCCUUCCUGCGAGAGCAGCGCCGCCUCAUGCCCGCCUCGCAGCGCCGCUUCGUCGAGCGCUUCACGGCCGAGCCCGCCGUCAGCCUCCGCGCCUUCUUCGACGCGCACCCCGCCCUCGACCGCGGGCCGUACACGCGCGCGGUCGCGUCGCUGCGUGCGUGGCGGCGCGAGCACAUCUCGCUCGCCGGGAUGUACCUCGUCUCGUUUGCCCGCGAGUUGGAGGGCGAUCCGGCGCGCGGGCCGCCAAGCAAGAGCCCGCUGCACGUUGUCCUUCUCGAGGUUCCGGUCGUAAGACUCGCGGCGCGCGGCAAGGACGGCGCGCCAGCGCUGCUCCGUCUCCGCAGGCCGGGGUUUCUCGACCAUGAGCGCGUCCAUCUCGACGUCCGAGCCUCCAUCUCGGCCGCGGUCACGUCGUCGGGCGCGUCGACGGGCUGCAAGGCCGUGGUCCGCACGGCGGGGCGGCUGCGCCAGGACUGGCGCGUCGCUGCCGACGAACCGAAGCAAAAAGGGCUGGACGACGGCAAGCCUGCUGCAUCUCGCGCCGGGACGGCGACCGGCGGGCGGUCAAGCACGACCUCGAGGGCGGUCAAGAACGACCUCGGAGAGGGUUGCGAGCACGAGACGCGCAAAUCCCCUUUGCAGCCAAGCCUACACCGCGGCUAA